UUGAAAUUCUCUAUCUACCCUCAGAAAAUAACCAAAACAAGACAAGCACUUGUUAGCGUACAGUUAUCAGUGAUCUAUCUCUCCAAGGAGCAAUCUAACUUUUGCUUUUUCUCUAAGUUUUUUCAGCUAGAGUGUUUACGAAUUCAUUAACGUGAAUAGCUUGAUUCAGAUAGGGUAAUCUAAAACAGUUUAAAAAUGACUUCAAAUACAGCGAUAACAUCGAAGCCAAAAAUGGAUUUUGUAUACCCGAAAAAAGGCGCUAAACUUGAUCAAGCAAAAUUUGAUGGAAAGUUUAAAGAGAUGAUACGAAUGCAAGAGAUAGCCAGCAAUGCAUGGUUUGAGAAAUGGGGAUUCAUGACUAAGGACGCGGUAGAAAAGAUAUACGAGGAAGAAGCUGAACAAAGAGGACUGGAUAAAGAUUUCAUGAAGAAAAGGAGAAUGAGGAGGGACAACAAGAUAACUGAAGAAACAAAAUUCACUCCUAAGUCUGGACGUGUACCUGACCUUUCUUCAGGUAUGGUAGGCUGGAGAUCGUCUGAUAUCAAAUAUUCUUUGGAAAAGGUAGGACCUCUGUAUGUCUCACCGGUCAGAAGUGUGGACCCUCCUGUGCGUCCUCAAGAUAUAGAUUUGAAACAUCAAAAGUUCAUAUUCCUAGGGUAGGUUUAGGUUAAAAGCAUUAAGUUCAUCAGUAACUCUACAAUUCAAUGCUCAAUGGAUCUGACAAUUUAGAAUGAGCAUUUUAUUAAUGAGCAUUCUCAAGUAGCCAUUCAUUCCAUUGAAAUUCAAACACACUGAACAUCAGAGAUGAACAUUUUAAUUGCUUCUUAACUGAUCAACUAUUCAAUUAAUUUUGAAGUAAUCCAAUACAAUUCAAACACACUGAAAAUGGAGGAAAAAUCACAGGAAAAAAUAUACAAUAUUAAAAUAUUUCAAUUUUUCCUAAUCCUUUCAAACUAUGGAAUAUUAUCAAAGAUCACAAUGAAUAUCUUGUGAUAUUUUAUAUUUGAUAAUAUAAUUGUUGGAUUUGAAUGAUAUUUUUCUUAAUAGGAAACUGAGAGCUAUUAUCAUGAUAUAGUUGUGUAAUAAUAACCUGAAUAAAAGGAAAAUUCAAAAAUUUG